AUCCGUCGAUCGUUUCGGAUGGUUCGCUCCAGACCUCUACCGCCCACUGGGCAAAGAGGCUGAAGAGACUUGGAGCGUUCAAUAAAUAGGUCACAGCCUCUCUAUUUUCUUCUUCCAACUCCCACCAUCACCAUGCUUUCAAACCGAUUAACCCGCUUUGCGGUUCUCCUUACUUGUGUCUGUUCCGUGGCUGCCCAAUUCCCCCCAUACAGACGGAGACGUUCUUUGGCAGGUUCUGUAAUUGCAGGAAUUUGCGUUGCGAUUGUCUGCGGGCUACUGCUUUUAUCGCUAUGCUGUUUGCUCACAAGGCGUCGGCGUCGCCGAGGUCUUGCUGUAAUCCCUGGGCCCAAUGGAGGCUUCUUCCGACCUAACCAAGGUCGAAUGCAGAGCACUCAAUUCAAUCAACAACAAAUGCAGCAACCGCCUCCCUCCGGCUACAAUGCCAGCUACAGCGGAAGCGUACCGGCAGGAGGAUAUCAACCUCCCCCGGGUGCGCCUCCGCCCCCACCUCCACCGUAUCCUGGCAAGGAGCCAUAUACCCAGGAUGGUGUGCCCCAGCCUGGUGGUUUUGCUCCCCCGGGGCCUCCGCCAGCUGCUCAUGUCAAUGAGAAUGGACGUACUGGAUGGUUCAAAAACCGCUAGUUCGAUAAAACCAAUUUUCACAAUGGACAUUUGUAUACCCAACACUAGAUAUCCUAUCAAGAUCCAAGAUACAGUACAGACUUCAGAGACGUUUUAGUUCUCAUUGUAGCGCUAGUUAAUGUAGUAUACUUGUGUUGAUGUACAUACCAUGCAUCGUGCUCUCUGUUUUGAUCUAAGCUCGUAUGCCUUUUUGC